AUGGUGGUGAAGCCUGAGCCUUCAUCUACACUAUUGCUUUCCUUUGCCCAAAACAUAAUGGAUGUUCAGAUUUCGGAACAAUUCAUUGCGCCACAGUUCAAGAUGUACGACGGGACCACGGAUCCCGAGGCCGACAUCAAGACUUUCUCGAACGCCAUGGCAUUCCGUACAGAAAACUUCGCCGGCCUGAAACGACUGUUUAACCGACAGUUCGCAGCCAACAGCACGCAGGACCUGACCGUGUUCGAGCUGGUCACCUUGAAGCAGGGUAAGAAAGAAACGCUAAGAGCGUUUAUGGACUGUUAUCAGAAAACCGUCCGGCGAGUGAAGGCAUUAAGCCCGGAGCUCGCCCUCCAUUACAUCCUCCUCGCCCUCAAACCCGUACCGUUUAAAGAUAGCGUCUGCCGACGGGCUCCCAAAACUAUGGAAGAGUUGAGAGAGCGUGCGACGGACGAGAUCAGGGUGGAAGAGAUGAAGUUGUCGUACAAAAAGGAGAUCCAGGAGCUUAGGGGGGAGCGGGCGGACACGGGAAAGCCGAGCGCUUUGGCAGGAAAGCCAGGCGGCUUCAAGCAAAGGGAACCACGGCGAGGACCCCGUUUCCAGCAAUACACUCCCUUGAACGCCCCUAGGGAGAAGAUCCUCCGGGAGGCGCUAAGCGCGGAUUUGCUUCCCAAACCCGUGAAGCGGCCUACUCCGUCAGGCGCAGACGGGAGCAAACAUUGUGCCUACCACAAGAACAUGGGCCACACUACCGAAGAGUGUGUGACCCUGAAAGACAAAAUUGAAGAGUUGAUCCGGGCGGGGAAGCUCAAGAAGUACAUUCGAGAUGACCGCCCUUAG